AUGCGUCCUAUAUCUUAUUUGACCCACCUGAAUGGUCUGUGGCUAGCAUCAUUAGCCCUGGUAUCCGGGAUUUCGGGAUCUCCUGUGUCUUCCUCACUCGAAAGCACUGGGCAAGCUGAUCCGAUCUCGGUCUCUGUUACGCCUCAUUUUGUGCCGGGCGUUUUUGAAAACGCUCAUACUUCCACUAUUGGACCAGAUGGUCAUGCGACACCAGUCCCCAUUGUUGGUGGCCCUGAAUGUUGGUUCUGCCCUAAACUUGAAGAGAAAAACACAGGAGACGCCAAUGGCGGAUGGGCGCUACUAGGUAUUGAUGGCCCAGGGACAUUUCAACCCUCCACCGUAUCCUACUUUCCAGAAGCGUUUCCCGUUAUCACGGUGUUAGAUAAUGGGGAUCCCUUAUAUGCUGCUUCUAAAACGACAGAUGGGUCAGCUACGAAGAUUAAGCGAGUCGAGAUCCCUACCCAGACUAUCAGAGAAGAGACGGACGCCUAUAAGCUAUUGAUCAAAAAGACGCCUGCGUACAAAAACCAUAAGUGGACAGCAGAUCGCCUCGGUGCGGGUGUUGCUUUCGCUGCAGUGUCCUACACCGAAAAAUCAUUCACAAUUCCGAUUCUUGGAAAGGAUUUCAGUGUCAAAUGGCCCAGACAUUAUGUGAUCUUCACAGGCUUCACCCGUUCAACUGGGAUGUUGGAACAUAGGAGAGACCGCAAUGGUAACGUGGAAGAGGUGAUCUUCCAUCACAAACUUGAUUGGACCCUCCUCCACACGUGGGAUCUCCAAUACAGCAGAGAGACUAAGCAGAUUUAUUUCACUAAAGACAUUGGAUUUCACGGAGAAGUUGAUCUGUCUGCUUAUGAUAACGAGAGUAUUGAGUGGAAGUACCUCGGUCGCAUCAGCAACAAAGCUGAGGACCCCGAUUGGAUUGAAGAACGUGCACAGAAGGUCGUGGAAGAGAUGAAUGGAGAAUACCAAGGCGUCUUGAAAAAGGGAGGUAAUUAUCGAGAAUAUGUUAACAACUGCAGGAAUUUUAAGGGCUAUCUGUACAAUGAAAUCAAAGGAUAA